GUGGGUGUGUCAACCUCUCUAUAUAAACCAAGGUGUCCGUGAUCUCUUCACAAAUCCUACUCUUCCAUUCUCUAUACCUACUCAGGCUUUCAUUUAAUUUGCAAACAUGGGCAUGAUUGAACAACAACUGACAGUAUUGAAGACCACCUUCGAUAAGUAUGCUGGAAAAGACGCAGACAAAGGUUCAAUGAGCAAGGCAGAACUUGCUGAUUUGCUCCGCGAGGAGUUUCCUGGAAUGGCCGGGGACAAAAAACAGUUGGACGCAUUCUUCACCGGCCUGGAUGGGGACAAGGAUGGCACUGUUUCUUUCCCAGAGUUUGUCCAGUUUGCAGCAACCUUGCUGUUGAUGAUGGGCGGAAUGUAAUUUGGGAACAUUGCCUCAGAAUUAUUUGCCUUAAGGUUAUAUUUAUAAAAUCUAGAAAGUACAUGUCAUUGUUAUGUGUUCUGAAGAAACAACGAUGAAUCAUUGAUGGGUUCUUAUGUUAGCUUAAAGAACCUGAAAGAUGCUAUAAAUCAUUGAUUGACAGAUGUUAACUAACAAAAAUAAAUGUUGUCACAUUUUA